CUUGCUAAUAAAGUGGCUAUUAUUUAAUAAAAGUCGACGUUCUGCUGGAAAAAGACGAUUUUUUUACGCAUCAGGGUACUAAAGAAGCUCGCAAAAGUCGAGUAAAAGUGGGUUGUAUAAAGCGGAUUCAGUCGGCACUCGAGCCGCUCAGGGCCGCUAGCCGUUCGGGGAACGCCAUUGUGAACCUAAACGACUGUGCCGAACGUGACUUGUUACGUCCAUUUUCACGUGCCACGCCGCUUCCCGCGAAAUUUUCAUCGCAGCCGGCAAGUAAAAUUCGCCGUACUUUCGCACUUUUCGCGCGAUUACCAAUACAUUUCUAAUCGGUCUACCUUUGAGCAAAGUGUGCCAAUAAUUUUUGGAAUAUGUCACAAGAGAGUGAUAUUCCAACCUUCAAGUGCGUACUCGUUGGCGAUGGCGGUACCGGAAAAACCACUUUCGUUAAGCGUCACUUAACUGGAGAAUUUGAAAAGAAAUACGUAGCGACAUUGGGAGUUGAAGUACAUCCCCUCAUUUUCCAUACAAAUCGAGGUCCCAUCAGAUUUAAUGUCUGGGAUACAGCUGGUCAAGAGAAAUUUGGUGGCCUACGAGACGGUUACUAUAUCCAAGGCCAGUGUGCGAUAAUUAUGUUUGAUGUUACGUCUAGGGUGACGUACAAGAAUGUUCCUAAUUGGCACAGAGAUUUAGUUAGAGUCUGUGAAAAUAUACCAAUUGUUCUGUGUGGUAAUAAAGUUGAUAUCAAGGAUAGGAAAGUCAAAGCAAAGAGCAUCGUAUUCCACAGAAAGAAAAAUCUCCAGUAUUAUGAUAUCAGUGCAAAGAGUAACUAUAACUUUGAAAAGCCCUUCCUCUGGCUUGCACGUAAGCUUAUUGGAGAUCCCAAUCUGGAGUUUGUUGCUAUGCCAGCUCUUCUUCCACCAGAGGUAACAAUGGACCCGCAAUGGCAACUACAAAUUGAAAAGGAUCUCAAAGAGGCACAAGAAACGGCACUUCCCGAGGAUGACGAAGACCUAUAGUCAUUUAUAAAAUCGAGGCAGGGCCUAUCACACGAACAUGCGUUAUUUAUAUAAGACAACGCGUUAUUGUCUCUGAUCUGGUUGAAGUUUUUUUUUUUUUUGCAAAACUAUAAAUUACAAAAAAUUGACAUCAGAAAAUAUAAAAUUUGUGCUCAAAUAUUCACAAUAUAUGUUUUACUUUUGAUAAACAAUUGCCGAUAUUUUAGCAAAUCUGAAUUUAACAAAUAUAUACACUUUCAUUGAAUAAUUUA